AUGCCAACAAGGCCUGCAAAGCCAAUUGACUCUUCUCUGCUUAAAGGUAAGUGUUUGCCUUCGCUUAUUUUUAUCACAUAAUAAAGCUCUAAUUAACCAACUAAAGUUUCAGCCCUGCUACAUAAAGUAAAUUGUAUUUACUUUUCUUUCAGGUGAUCACAAACCAAGUGGAAAAUUCUCUGAAGGUAGGUAAUUGUUAAAGCAAUAGACUAACUUCUUUUGCAAGUUGUACAGAUGUAGUAUUGCACCCCUUAACAUAUAUAUGCCAAUAUUUCCGUUAUACUACAUAUUUUUCUAAGAUAGUAAGAUGCACUCUUUAUACAGUUUCAAUCUACGUCACUGAAGUUUACUAGUCAACUGUGAAAAAAUUUUCUAUGCAUUUUGUUUUCAGGAACUCGAUUCAAAUGUUUUCUCUGUUUCCCUUACUGUUUGUACAACAUAAUCUUUAUUGGUAAACAUUCAUCCUCAGAUAGCAAUUACAAUCCACCCGCCCCUGAUGGUAAUAAGAAAAUAUCCGUGUAAAUGGUAACAGGUACAUUGUAUCACUAAAACUAUUCGAAAAUAAUUCCAUUACAUUUACUAUAUUUCAGAUACACCCAUGAUUGCAUACUUGCACAAUCAGUCGCCCAUAAAAAGAGCCAAAAAAACAAUAUGUACUUUGACAUGACAUUGCAAACAAAGAAUGGAACAUAUAGAUCCGUAUGUUUCUCCCCUGAAAAGCACUCUGGUUUCUCAUUGAAGUACGAGUCGUUGUCACCGGUUAAGAUUUCUAAGUUUCAGCUAAAGAGAAAUCAAAGAUCUAAUCGGGAUGAAAUUCACAUCAACAAGCGAUCGAAGUUGAAAGACCCACAAGAAUCCGAGGUGACUUUCAACAUUACAGAAGGUAGAAUCGGAAGAAAAAUGCAAACCCGGCAUCACUGCAGUCUCAGAUGUGUUGCAAGACGACGCCAAUGCUGUUAUCAAUGUAUGAAGGCGGAUUACCCUCCAUGGUGCGGAGGAGACUAUACUUUCUAAAGGCAAGACACUCCGAAAACAAGAAGCCGCCAUAUUUACCGACAAUUCGGGGACAAUGUGCCUUGUGCUAUGGGAAAGUGACAUAACACGGGUUAUCUCAAAGUCUGUGUAUAAAAUCUCAAAGAUAGUUGUUCGAGAAUUUGAUAACGCGAAGUACUUAACCCUAAACAAGCAGUCGAUUAUCAAGCCAGCGGAUACCUCAAUAGAGAGGGUGGACACUGAAGUAGGCGGUCUACCACACUCGCAGAAAUUUGAUUGCCCUCCCGAAGGCGUUUUAUCAGUACAACGGUUCCUGUCGUGUAAAAAAUGCCAAACUAAACUGGUGCCCGAUCCAACAAAAACCUUACCAAAUGCACUGAGUGCGGAAUGGCCCAGCUAAAAUCAAAAUGUAUUCAGCGUCUAAUGGCAAAUGUCAUGUUUGGCAAAGCAGAUUCAACAGACUCUUUGCUCCUGUUCGACGACAAGCUGAAACAACUACAUAAUAUCUACAAGUGCCAAACCAACACAGAAGAAACCAUUGACAAUCUUGAUGACGAUACGCUUAUGGAGUUUCUCACUGUGGAAGCCUCCAUAUUUUACAAUGUGAAAAAAAAUGUGUUGUCAGUAACAGAAAAAGACAAUUAACGAACUUAAUGUCAAAGAAAGACAAAUACAUUCAUAUUAUCAUGUUCUGUUAAACUGGAAAGGGGAGAAAGAGUUAAAUAUAUUUUAUGUCUUUGCCUUCCUGCUUUUCACGAGGUGUUGCAUUUAACGAGCUCAGUUUACUGGCAAAACAAAACACUCGACUUGGGAUAAUUUGGCUGUGAAAUUGAUUCACAGCCGCUUUAUUUAAAAUCUCGUCAUUUAAUUAGAAAUAUCAUAAAAAUUGAUAAUUUGAGUUAAUAACUUGAGUCUGUUAAUGUUCAUUGCCAGUAAAGGUGGCAGGACUACACGCCAAAGACUACGCCAUUGAAGUCAGUCGAAC